AUGACCGAGGUCAUUUCCGACGAGGUUGUGGGAUCGAGGUCAUUUUCAGUCAGAGAUAUGAGACCGAGGUUAUUUCCGGUCAGAGACUACGAGAUCGAGGCUGACUUGUCCGGUGGAAAAGGACAGGUGCCAUCACACCUGGAAUCGGAUCAUGACACUUCUUUAGCCACUUCCACAUUUGUCGUAUUCGAGAAAGCUUGCUUCGUGGCGGAACAUUUAGCAAUGUACUCAUGGCACCACCAAAUGGUCUACAUAGCUGAACACGGCUACCGUGCUGUGGCGCCUGACUUAAGAAGUUAUGGAGAUACUACUGGUCCACCCAUUAACGACCCUUCAAAGUUUAGUAUCUCUCACCUUAUGGGUGAUCUUAUAGCACUGCUUGAAGCCAGUGGCGGAGCCAAAAUUUUUAGCAGGGGGUUCAAAAUCUCAAAAAAUGAACCCCCUCACUAUAAGGUGGCUCUGACCCUGCUUGAAGCCAUUGCUCCUAAUGAAGAUAAGGUGUUUGUUGUUGUAUAUGACUGGGGUGCCUUAAUUGCUUGGCAUUUAUGCCUUUUUCGGCCAGAUAAAGUUGAAGCCUUGCAGCAGAAAGCUCACUAUGAUCUUAAUCUGCAGGUACAAGGAGAUAUUGAAGCUGAAUUUGGUCCAAUUGGUGCUAAGUCAGUUCUUAAGAAAAUUUUGACAUACCGCGAUCCUGCACCAUUUUAUUUUCCUAAAAGAAAAGCCCUUGAGGCUAUCCCUGAUGCUCCGAUUGCCCUUUCAACGUGGCUUUCUGAGGAAGAGUUGGAUUACUAUGCCAGAAAGUUUGAGCAGAGUGGUUUCACUGGUGCACUUAACUAUAACCGAGCUUUAUCCAUAAACUGGGAACUCACGGCACCAUGGACAGGGGCUCAAGUUAAAGUUCCGACGAAGUUUGUCAUUGGGGAAUUUGACUUGGUUUAUCAUAUGCUAGGUGCUAAAGAGUACAUACACAAUGGCGGAUUUAAGAAAUAUGUUCCGUUGUUGGAAGAAGUUGUGGUUUUGGAAGGUGCAGGUCAGUUUGUCAACCAAGAAAGGCCAGAUGAGAUUACCAAGCACAUCUAUGACUUCAUUCAAAAGUUCUAAACUUCCUCUCAUUAAUGUUGCUCCUGUUACUUAGAAGAAAGGAAUAGUAAUCUAGUCUUGAGUAAAGAGCCAGAAUAAAUUAGUAGCUCUGCUACAAUUUGUGUUAGCAGUGUCCAUUAGUUGUCAUAAUUUGGGUUGCAAGUAAGCUUGAAUUUGAAACAUUGUGAUAGUAAGACUUUACUAUUCCAUCACAAAUUGGGUCCCUAAUUCAAUUUAAUGAGAGAUUAGUGAUGACUUGUCUGAAAUUUAUGUUAGCUACGGAUUAUUUAACCCUGUAAUUUGGCUUGUAAGAUCCCCAUUUGUGGAACCACAUUGGAUAUGUUGUUAUUGUUGUAAUUAGUUUGAAUUUUGAAUGUUUUGAUGUUAAGGAAUUAACACCAUAAUUUGGCUUGUAAGUUCCCAAUUUGUGGAACCACAUUAGGUAUGUUGUCUUUGUUGUAAUUUGGCUUGUAAAUUAGUUUUGAGUUUGGAACUUUUUGAUGUUAAGGCUCAGGCAAAAAGUCAUAGAGACAAGAACAACCGCAUCUCUCGAUGAAAAGGCCAGCAAAGAAAAACCCCUUCUUCUUUCCCCUAGCCUCGAGUAGGCUAGGGGAAUGUCAUGCUUUUUUAUUUAGAAAUAGUUCAACUUUAAAAGUUUAUCUUACUGGUUAAAAUAAUUUAUAGUCACACAA